CGCGGGCCGGAGAGGGUGUAGGUCGCGGUGGCGCAUCCCGCGGAGUCGGGGACCAGGACCCAGGGCGGGCUGGCCGGGGAGCAUCCUGCGGCUGGCGCGCGCGGCCUGUGCCGGGUCCUGACGCGACUGCGGCCACCGGCCCGGGCCCUUUCUGGACCCUCCGGGCGGCCCCGACCCGCGGCGGGUUCCACGGGGAGGGCCCCUUCCGCAGGGACCUAGCCUCGCCCUGGAUGGACAGACGGAUGCCCCAGCCCAGGCAGACCCACUCCUGACCCCGACAGAGUCAGCGGCCACCCUUCCCUCCUGCGAGAGCCCUCCCUGAUCACAGGACCGACGGGCUUCCCUGUCCCCUUCCAGGCUGGACACGCGGGUGCACACCCCCCGGCCCUGGAGGGACCGACAGUGGACAGAGCGCCUUCCCCUCCGCGCACACUGCUGGCUGCAGGGUUGUCAGAUGCAGACGCCCUGACCCCCAGAAGGGACAGAACAGACAGACACUUCCAGCCCGGACUGAGACGCUCUUCCUCUGUCCGCGUUGGCUGGCCCCAGGACGCACACACCCCCUCGACUCUGGCCCUGCAGCCUAGCUAGGGUGGCCAGGACUCGGCCCUGCUUACUCUUGAUCCCCUCCAGCCCCACCCUGGCUGAGGCUUUGCAUCCAUCCUGGCAGCUUGGAGCUUCUCUCCGAGAGUUGUUUUCCAGCCGCCUGGCCUGAGGAAUCUCCAGCCUCACCAUGGACCCAGAGUGCUCCCAGCUCCUCCCGGCUCUCUGUGCUGUUCUGGCAGACCCCAAGCAGCCGGUGGCAGAUGACACCUGUUUGGAGAAGCUGCUGGACUGGUUUAAAACGAUCACUGAAGCAGGGUCCAGCCUGCUGUUGCUGCAGGAGAAUCCCUGCCUGGUGGAGCUGCUGUGCCACGUGCUGAAGCCCCAGGGCCUGAGCGCCAGAGUCCUCUCCUUCUCCCUCCGCCUCGCAGGGGUGUUUGCGGCCCAGGAGAGCUGCUUCCAGUAUCUUCAGGCGGAGUUGCUGCCCGGGCUCUUUGGGGAGGCCGGACCCCUCGGCCAGGCAGCCUGGAGUGCCCCCACCGUGCGCAGCGGCUGGAUCCAGGGCCUGCGCUCACUGGCGCAGCACCCCAGCGCCCUGCCCUUCCUGGCCGACUGCGGUGCCCUUGACACCAUCUUCUCCCUGCAGGGAGAUUCCAGCCUGUUUGUGGCCUCGGCCGCCGGGCAGCUCCUGGUGCACAUCCUGGGCCUGUCCCUGCAAGGCCCAGCUGAGGGACCACCCAGCCCGCAGACAUGUGACUGGCCAGUGUGUGCCCAGAAGAUCGUGGGUCACAUUGAAGGAUCGCUGCGCUCUAUGGCCACCCCACAGGUCACACAGGCCCUCAACGUCCUGACCACCACCUUCGGGCACUGCCACGGCCCUUGGACGCAGGUCCUUUGGGAGCAGCUGAGUCCCCUCGUGGCCUGUCUGCUUCAGGAAGACCCCCUCCCAGCCGCACACUCGCUCGUGGACCUCCUCCUCAGCGUGGCCCGCUCUCCCGUGUUGAGCUCCUCUGACUGUGGCCUGUGGGAGACGUUGGCACAGACCCUGCGCCGUCUGAGUCCCGCACAAGCAGGGCCUCUGGCUUUGGGGAUCCUGAAGCUGCAGGACUGUCCACAGGCACUGAGGGCCCAGGCCUUUGGUGUCCUUCUCCAGCCCCUGGCCUGUGUCCUGACAGCUGCCGAUCAGGCCCCCGGACCCCCAGGCUUGCCGGAGGGGACCACGGGUGACUCGGUGACAGUGGACACACUCCUCUCCUCCAAGUCAGCCUGUGCCGGUCUUCUGUGCCAGACCCUGGCCCACCUUGAGUUGCUGCAGCCGCUGCCCCAGCGUCCCUCGCCCUGGCCUCAGGCGCCACUGCUGGGGGCUGCGGUGACAAUUCUGCGGUUCUGCAAUGGCUCGGCAGCCCCUGCCUCUGACGUGGGGGGCCGCCUCUGUGCGAUCCUGGUGGGCUGUGUCCGGGUCCAGCGAGCAGCCCUCGAUUUCCUGGGGGCGCUGGCUCAGGAGACAGGCCCCCAGGAGUUGGUGACGCAGGUGUCUGCUGUCCUCCUGGAAUACCUCAGGAGCCCCGACUCCAGCCCCACGGUCCUGAAGAAAGCCUUCCAGGCCACGCUCAGAUGGCUCCUGAGCUCCCCCAGGGCCCCCGGCUGCUGCGAUCUGGACCCCGACACCCAGCUGUUCCUCAGAGAGCUGCUCCCUGUGCUGCGGAAGCGUCUGUGCAGCCCCUGCUGGGAGGUGAGGGACUCGGGCCUGGAGUUCCUGACUCAGGUGACCAGACACUGGGGAGGGCAGGCCGGCUUCAGACACACGCUCCUCGCGUCAGAGGUGCCCGAGCUCGCCAAGCAGCUCCUGCGAGACCCUGAGAGUUACGUCCGUGCAAGCGCGGUGACCGCUGUGGGCCAGCUGUCCAGCCAGGGCCUGCACGCCACCGCCGCCAGCCCAGAACAGCUGGGGGGCCAGAAGGAGAGCCUGCUCGCGGAGCUGCUGCACGUCCUCUCCACGGACUCGGAGGGCUUCCCCCGGAGGGCCGCCAUGCAGGUCUUCACCGAGUGGCUGAGGGACCACCAUGCCGACGUGGCCGAGGACACGGAGCAGUUUGUGGCCAGGGUGCUCCAGGCGGCAAGCCAGGACCUGGACUGGGAGGUCCGGGCGCAGGGCCUCGAGCUGGCGCUGGUGUUCCUGGCACAGACGCUGGGCCAGCCCAGUGCCCGCUGCCCCUAUGCUGUGGCCGCGCCCCAGGCGACCCCACCCGGCCCCCUGGCCCAGGUGCUGCGGGCGCUCAGCCGAGUGCGGCUCUUUGAGUUUGCCUUCCGUGCCUUAUUUGACUGUGACCGGCCCGUGGCCCAGAAGUCCUGUGACCUUCUCCUCUUCCUGAGGGCCCAGGCCACUCCCUCCGGUGGCCUUCAGGAGGCCGAGGGCAGCCCUGACGUGGUCCCUGUGGAGGCCGCCCUGCAGAGGUGGCAGGCGGGUGAGCAGGGCGAGCCUCUGGGGGACCUGGAGCCUGAGGCUGUGCUGGCCGUGCUGAGGUCCUUGGACCUAGAGGGCCUGCGGGGUGCGCUGGCCGAGAGCAGCGACCACGUGGAAAAGAGCCCUCAGUCACUCCUGCAGGACAUGCUGGCCACUGUGGGCGUCCGGGGGGAGAACCAGGCCGACUGCUACUGAGACAGCCCAGCGGAGGCUGCCCAGCUCCUGCUGCUGCCCUGCGUCCCUUCCUCCAGCCUGGCCUGGCUGCACAGGGGACCCUCAGGGAAGCCAGGACCUCGUGAGACCAGCGAGGUCAGAGAGCCCACAUUUCGAUGUAUUAUUAAAGAAGUGGCUUAUUUUCUACUCAAAAUCUGUGGCGUUUGACAGUGCCUCUUUUGAGCCAGGCUGUGCUCUAACACUGUCCAGGGGGAGGCCUCGGCCUCAUGGGGUUUGGAAGAACGUCAGGAGGGACCCCUCUGUAGGACAGCCACGUGCUUCGUGGGUGUGUGUUGGCGGAACGGGUCUCCACCUGGACCCUGCUGUGCCCAGUGAGGCCCAAUGGUCAGAGAGAAAACACUUGAGGCUGGAGAGUGUCUGGCCUUGGACCCUGCCCCUAAGAUAGUGACCCCGAGUCCAACCAAGGCCAGGUUUCCCGCCCUGAACCCCCAGGAUCACCCUGAGCUUGUAGCAAUUCAAAGCCCGCCGUCUCGACUGAGCAGGUGGAGCUGCCGGUGGUAAUGAUGGGGAGUUGAGAGCCAGGCUGGUCCCCAGGGGACCAGACAGCUACACCAGGCCCAGCUCCGCGUUUCCUGGCCCUGCGGCCCUGGGCGAGGCACUUCUCUCAGAACCUGUUUCCCCGUCUGUAAAGUGGGGAUUUCACCAUUUGCCUCCCACAGAUAAGUGCCCUAGUGUUCUGAAGCACCCGUGUGGUCAAAGGAGAAAUCUCAAGAGAAGUUAAAAAAUGUUUGAACUAAAGAUGAAAAUGCAGCUUAUCAAAAUUUGUGCCAUGCAGGAGAAGCAGGACCUAGAGGGAAACUGACAGCAUAGAACGCACAUAUGAGAAAAGAAGAUGCCCCUAAAAUCAGUCAUCUAAGCUUCGACUUUAGGAAACUAGAAAAGGAAGAGCAAAAAUAAGUCCAAAGUAGAAGAAAAGAUAUAAUCAAAGAGCAGAAAUCAAUGGCAUUGAAAACAGAAAAUCAAUAGAGAAAGUCAUCUAAACCAAGAGCUGGUUCUCGGAAGAGAUCACUAAAAUCAAUAAGCCUGUAGUCGGGCCAAGAAUAAAAGAGAAAGGACGCAAAUUACUAAUACCAGAAAUGAAAGAGGGGACAUCACUGCAGAUCCCAGGGAAAUUGAGAGGAUAAUGGAAUCCUAGGAAUAAGUGAGCUUCCACAAAUUUGAUAACCUGGAUGAUGUGGACCAAGCCCUUGAAAGACAAUCGGCCAGAACUCAGACAAGAAGAAUCAAGACAAUUGAAUAAGGCUGUUUCUAUUAGAGAAGUUACGUCAAUAAUAAAUAAUGUUCCAAAAUGGCACCAGGCCCAGACGGGUUCACUGGUGAAUUCUACCAGACCUUUAAGGAAG